AUGGAAGAAUACGAAAUUGGUGAAAGUGAAUAUUGGUUUUAUGGAGAUCGAAUUCUUCAAAAUAGAAACCCAACAAAUUGCGAUCUAAGUGGAUCGAUUAAUCCAAAGUAUUCAGUUUCGGUUAGCGAUAAGCGAAUUCGGAAAAAAUUAUUCGAAGAAUUACUUGGAAGUUUUAAUGUAUUCAGUCGUCAACGUGAUGCACUAGAAACAAAAGCGUCGAAAGGAGCAAAAUAUCGAGUAUUUUCAUUCGAAAGUCCAGAUUCAAAAGAAGGACAACGACGAUUUCUCGUAACAACAGUGGAACGGUUUUGGCAGUGGUACGAGAAUCGUCAAAACCUUUCGUUCUAUGAAUUGAUUCCGGAUGAGACUCCUUGUAGACUAUAUUUUGAUUUGGAAUUUUACCGUGCAACGAAUGCGAACGUUGAUGAAAAAAAGUUAAUUAAUGACUUCAACUGCUGUGUUGUGGAAACUAUGCAAAAUAUGUUUAAUAUUGAUUUAAUUCCAAAUCAGCAAAUGAUUAUAUUGGAUUCUUCAACCUCUACGAAAUUUAGUGAACAUGUAAUUGUUCAUUUCCAUGAAAAAUAUUUCUUUUCAUCUAAUGUUUCUAUGAAACCUUUUAUAUUAAUGCUGGAAAAGAAUAUGAUAAGCUCGAAUCGUGGAAUCGUCUGGAAUAAAGAUGGAACUCGGCAAAUUCCUUUAUUUGAUGUUGGUGUUUACACUAGGAAUCGAAAUUUCCGGCUAUAUCUUUCUUCAAAAAUAGGCAAGAAUAACCCAUUAAUACUCUCAUGCCGCUGCGAUUUUUAUCAGCCUGGUACAGCUACAAAAAAACAAAUUUUCCUUGAUUCUUUGGUAGUUCCUUCAGUGCGACUUGAAGAUAUUAAUAUUAUAAAUUCUAUAAAUACGUGUACUUCUAUCAAUGAAGUUUCUCAGAUUGAUUCAGGUCUACUUUCUUGCCAUGGCAGCUUCGAUCGAGAAUGCUCAAAUUCUGUUGUUUUGAGCGGACAAGGAUUUGCUUCACCAUAUCCUUUUCUCGACCAGCGUUGGAAGGAAACAGUUUCAAUUCGAAUGUGGAAACUGGUGAAAGAUGAAUCAAAAAGAAUAUGUCGCAUUAUUUAUUAUGUUUUGGCCAAUUGUCGCUAUUGCUUUAACAUUGGUCGUGAACAUAAAAGCAAUGGGACAUAUUGGACGGUGGAUCUCGAAAAACUGAUUUUUUAUCAGAAAUGUUUCGAUAUUGAUUGUCGAGGAGCGAGUUCCAAUCAUUUUCCUUUGCCUAAUUUUGUGCGACAGUCUAUUCCAGCUGCAGAUGACGUUUCUCAAGCUCAUGAUUAUAAUGCAUUGCAAACCGAAGCAAAACGAAUCGUAAUAAAUUUAAACGAAUAA